CGACCACUUUGCACCCUCCUCCCUGCCUCGUCACGCCGCCGUCGCCGUCGCAGCACCCAUCUCGUCUCCACCUUGCCGAGUAUUGUUACCGUAUCCCCCAUUCGCCAUCAUGCAGAACGAGGAGGGUAAGAUGGUGGACCUCUAUGUCCCCAGGAAGUGCUCUGCCACGAACAAGAUCAUCACUGCCAAGGACCAUGCCUCAGUCCAGAUCAACAUUGGGCACUUGGAUGAGAAUGGAUUGUAUGAUGGUCGCUUCACCACGUUUGCUCUCUCUGGAUUCGUCCGUGCUCAGGGAGACGAUGACAGUUCUUUGGACAGGCUGUGGCAGAAGAAAAGGGCUGAGAUCAAGCAGUAGAUGAAUUUGCAUGGAAGGUUUUGCUUGACUAGAUCAUUAUGAAGUCUGAGUAACAGAUGAAGAAUUUGUUAUGGUUGUUUGUCUUACCUAUGCUGGGUAUGAUGAAAGCGUGGACUUAAGUUACACCUGUGAAUGCCUAUUUACUCUAUAGUCCAGAUCUGCACCUGGGUUACUGUUCUUACAUCUUAACGAUGCACGUUGUCUGUGUUGUAUGCCAUGCCCCAAGGAUCAGCAGUUCAGCUACAAAAUAGUAGUUUUUGCUUGCCUUCGACUGUAGUAAUGCAAGUGACACAGUUAAACUGAAGCUUCAUAUUUGAGACGCUUUUCACCCUUGAAAUUAUG